CGCAUACAGCACUCGCGAGCGGACGUUGCUCGCUCGCCCUCUCACUGCAUCCUCCAACCCUCACCUGUUGCCUCUCGCCUGUUACCUCGCCUGCUGCCUCGCAUCACGCGUCUCACAUCGUCGUGAGGAUGGACGCGGAGGUGUCGACGUCGCUGGACUUUGAUGGGUUUGUUCACCGGUACUUGAUGCGCAACCGGCCCGUGCGCAUUGAGAUGCCUGAGUUGAACACGUGGCCGGCACUGCAAACGUGGCGAACCCUGGAAGGGCUCGUUGAUCUGGACGGCGUGUGUGCCACAAGCGGCAACUGCACGGCUCCCGUCCUCAACAGCAGCGGUGACAGCAGCGGUGAUGCACCUGCUGCGCACGGCAGUGAAACGAGCACGCAGCAACAGCCCCGGCAUUUCAUGGGCUACCGUGAGAUCAGCGUGAAGUCAUUCUGCAACACUGUGCUGCGGCCAUUACAGCACGUGCACUUGACAGCGGCAGAGGCGUGGAAGGCGCCAUCGCCGCCGAGGCCAUACUUGAAAGACUGGCACUUUCAGCUCAACAACGAGCUUUCGCAAUCGUCGCCGCCAUCAGCAUUGUUGCCUUGCCACACCACCUUCUACAAGCCGCCGUCGUACCUCCUCUACGACUGGCUCAACGCGUACUGUGCCGUGCGGCGCCGCAGUAGCGACGACGACUACCGCUUUGCAUAUCUCGGGCCUGCAGGAUCAUGGACGCCCUUGCACUGCGACGUCCUUGGCUCAUACAGCUGGUCCCUCAACGUGGCUGGCCGCAAGCUCUGGCGCUUCUACCCUCCCUCUGAAACGCCAAAGCUGCUUGCCUGGAUGGACACAGCUGGAACCCCUGACGCACGCAGCCUCGACCACUCUGAUGUGGACUUUGUAGACCUCGAGCAAGGCAGUGGGGAUGUUGUGUUUGUGCCCAGUGGAUGGUAUCACCAGGUGCACAACCUCACCAACACGCUCUCCCUCAACCACAACUGGCUCAACGCGUACAACAUCCACGCCGUCAUACACCUUAUCAAACAAGACUUUGAGGAAGCGAAGAAGGAGCUAGCAGACCUUGCCCACCUGCAAGAGUACCCAGCGCUGUGCCAGGGUUUGCUGCGUGCCAACUGCUCCCUGGAUAUGCUGGACGUGUAUCUGAUGCUGACAUUGGCUGCCGCUGUUGCCGUUGACCGCCUGAUGGCGUGGCAGGAGCGCACACAGCGUAAUGAUGAUGACGAUGAUGAUGACGAUGAUGAUGAUGAUGAUGAUGAUGAUGAUGAUGAUGAUGUCAACUGUGACAGCAGCGACAGCAACAUCAGCGACAGCAACAUCAGCGACAGCAACAUCAGCGACAGCAACAACAGCAACGACAAUGGCAGAAGUGUGGCAUCGCAGGUGCUGUCGUUCCAUCCGGCACUGCAUGACGUGCACAUGCCAUCGUUCGUGCACAUGGAGCUGACAACCAUCCAAUCCGCACUGCGUGCCUUUCUGGUUUAUUGCAAGUAA